AUGCAACCUAUCCCCCGAUCAGAGACACGGAAGACCCGAAGGGCUGCCAUUGCGUGUGCCGCUUGCCGCCACAGCAAGAUCAAGUGCUCCGGUGACGAGCCUUGCCUCAAUUGCCGGCGCCGAUCGCUGGAUUGUCAGUAUACCGAGGGGAACAGUAAGGUCUUGGUCGAUGAGCAAUACCUGCAUUACCUGCAGCGGCAGGCAUACAACUGGCAACGGGCCACCGGCGUCAAGCGUCCUCGCGAUGAAUGCUUCCAAUUUGAGAAUGAUGUAGACCGUGCGAAGCCUCCGACGCCUAGACCAACCCCAGGCACGCCUGCGAACGACCUAUCGUGCAGUAUCUGGACGAGUCCGUUUACUCUCCCGACGACUGUCCUCAAGGAUACCCAUCAGGAGCAGCGGAAAUGGAUCUGGCUGGCGCCCUCAUCGCCAUGGUCUCUCACGCGGCGCCUCAUCGUCAUGAUGGCCGACAAGUUCGACCAUGACUCUGCCCACAAUCUCCCGCAGCUGUAUCUGGACGGCGACAUCUACCCCGUCGCCUGGAACAGCAUCACACCUCUGCCUCUAGGCCAAGGCCCCGUCGACACGGGCGACCUCCCCUCGCUCGACUACGCCCUGUAUCUCUUCAACAUCGUCCGAUUCCGCCUAGGACAAGGCUACCGAUUCUUCGAGUCCGAUCUUUUUACAGCCCGGAUGAACCGCUUCUACCAAACCCGGCCAAGCGAGGCAGCCGCCGAGCCCCGGUUCUGGUUCGUCCAGUUCCUUAUGGUCCUAGCGCUGGGGAACGCGUUUCUCGCCAGGCCGCGCAGCCAGAAGGAUCCGCCGGGCUCGAAGUACUUUGCGCGCGCUAUGGCUGCUAUGCCGCCGUUUACGUCGACGGGGAAGGAUAGCUUACUGGCUAUUGAGGCGUUGGCGCUUGUUAGUUUGUACUUGUAUGCUAUUGACCACAGAGAGGCGGCGCAUGUCCAUAUCGGCCAAGCAAUCAGGAUAGCUCAACUCGAAGGGAUGCACACGCAGCUCCCGGAAGAAGUCCUCGGGGCUGCAACGGUUGCUCGGUGCCGAAAUCUCUGGUGGUCACUGUAUAUACUCGACCGUCACCUUUCGCCGUCGCUGGGUCUCCCGCUUACAACGCGGGACAGCGACAUCACGACGCUGAUUGACCCGCCGGACGAGGAACAGCACGACCGCACGUUCAGUUUGCAGGUGCGGAUCACACGGAUGCUUUCUUUUAUCGUUAGCACAAUAUACGAAACGGAGAAAACCCAGCUCGGCACCUUCCUUGAAAUCACCCGGAGUAUCCUAGAAACGAUGGCCAAAUACGCGGAGGAAAUCGAAAGGAUGCUUGAUCCGCUUACGCAAGGUCGAGGGGUUAGUGUGCCUGAAGAGUCACGGCAUACGAUCCUGCUGUAUCACCAGUGCGUCAUCGUCGCGACCCGCCCCCUCCUCCUCUCCGUCCUGAAAGAGCGGCUCGAAAAGCUCGGCAGAGCAGAAGAGAACUGGCAGAAGUUCCUCGCCCUACCCAAAUCCCUAAUCGCGACUGGGAUAAAAUCCGCCGAGAAAACGCUGCAGAUACUGGGCGAUGAGAAUGGAUUACUGGAAACAUUCCUCGCCUUCGACCUUGAACUGACAUACGCCGCGGCGCUGCAUCUCACCAUGGCGAAUGCAUUGUUCCCCCCUCCACCCGAGCACCGCAUGCUCUACAGCCAGAAGGCCCAUGGCAUCCUGAACGAGCUCAUUCUGUACGGCAACCGUGUAGCGGAAGCACGGCAACGCGAGCUCAGCCGAGUCGAGGACCUCUUCCAGCAGUUCUCGCGGCAGGUUGAGGAGCAGGGUCUUCGGCAGUUGACGCUCUCUGAGGCUGUGCCAGUGCCGCCUGUUUCUGCGGCUGCUGCGGGUGGUUUGAAUGGCAAUAACGUCUCGCAGGUACCCCGUACUCUGGAAGACAGAACCAUUGGAGAACCACGGCUAGAGUCAGAGCCAGAGGCGGGGGUUCUCCUGGAGACCGAGAAAAUCCCGCACAUCAAUCUCCAAAGCAAUUCGCCGUUGCAGGGGCCAGAGGAUUUGGGGACAGCUGUCAACACAGUCGGGUUCGACAGUUUUGGCAUAUCGUCGGAUGAGUUUCUUUCUAUUGUUGAUCAGAUUGCGAACCCUGGGCUGGGUUAUGGGGAGCUGGAUAUUCGGCCGGAGUGGUUGGCUGCGGCGGGGGAGGUUUGGUCUGUGGGUGAGACUUUCUAG